CGCCUUCUUCACUCUAAUCGCAAAUCCUAAACCCUAGAAAGUAGUUUCAGCAAAACCUUCAAUUUCUUUCUCGCUUGCUCUAACACAAUGGCGGAGGAUGCGGAGACCUUUGCGUUCCAGGCCGAGAUCAACCAGCUUCUGAGUCUGAUCAUCAACACCUUCUACAGCAACAAGGAGAUUUUCCUUCGCGAACUCAUCAGCAAUUCCUCUGAUGCUUUGGACAAAAUUCGAUUCGAGAGCCUUACGGACAAAAGCAAGCUUGAUGCUCAACCGGAGCUUUUCAUCAGGCUUGUGCCUGAUAAGGUCAACAACACGCUCUCCAUCAUUGAUAGUGGCAUUGGCAUGACCAAAGCAGAUUUGGUGAACAACUUGGGCACGAUUGCAAGGUCCGGAACCAAGGAGUUUAUGGAGGCCUUGCAGUCUGGGGUGUCUGAUGUGAGCAUGAUUGGACAGUUUGGUGUGGGUUUCUAUUCCGCUUAUCUUGUUGCUGAGAAGGUCAUUGUGACCACAAAACACAAUGAUGACGAACAAUACAUCUGGGAAUCGCAAGCGGGUGGUUCCUUCACCGUCACUAGAGAUGUAAAUGGAGAGCAGCUAGGCAGGGGAACCAAGAUCACUCUCUUCCUCAAGGAGGAUCAGUUGGAAUAUCUAGAGGAGAGGAGGAUCAAGGACCUUGUGAAGAAGCACUCUGAAUUCAUCAGCUAUCCCAUCUAUCUUUGGACGGAGAAGACUACUGAGAAAGAGAUUAGUGAUGAUGAGGAAGAUGAGGAAGCCAAGAAGGAAGAGGAAGGAGAAGUUGAGGAAGUUAACGAGGACAAGGAGAAAGAAUCAAAGAAGAAAAAGAAGAUCAAGGAGGUUUCCCAUGAGUGGGAGCUAAUCAACAAGCAGAAACCUAUCUGGCUGCGCAAGCCUGAGGAAAUUACCAAGGAUGAAUAUGCUGCAUUCUACAAGAGCUUGACCAAUGACUGGGAGGAACACCUUGCUGUCAAGCAUUUCUCUGUUGAAGGACAGCUUGAAUUCAAAGCCAUUCUCUUUGUCCCAAAGAGAGCUCCGUUCGACCUGUUUGACACCAGGAAAAAGAUGAAUAACAUUAAGCUCUAUGUCAGGAGAGUGUUUAUUAUGGACAACUGUGAAGAGCUCAUCCCAGAGUAUCUUGGAUUUGUUAAGGGUGUCGUGGACUCCGAUGACUUGCCACUGAACAUCUCUCGUGAGAUGCUUCAACAGAACAAGAUAUUGAAGGUGAUCAGGAAGAACCUUGUGAAGAAGUGCAUUGAGAUGUUCAAUGAGAUUGCUGAAAACAAAGAGGAUUACACCAAGUUUUAUGAGGCAUUCUCCAAGAACUUGAAGUUGGGUAUUCAUGAAGACAGCCAGAACAGAGCCAAAUUGGCUGACCUUCUCCGGUACCACUCCACCAAGAGUGGUGAGGACCUGACAAGCCUGAAGGACUAUGUUACCAGAAUGAAGGAGGGCCAAAAGGACAUUUACUACAUUACUGGUGAAAGCAAGAAGGCAGUGGAGAAUUCUCCAUUCUUGGAGCGCCUCAAGAAAAAGGGAUAUGAAGUGCUUUUCAUGGUGGAUGCGAUCGAUGAGUAUGCUGUAGGUCAGUUGAAGGAGUAUGAUGGCAAGAAGUUGGUGUCUGCCACAAAGGAAGGAUUGAAGCUUGAUGAUGAAACUGAGGAAGAGAAGCAGAAGAGAGAGGAGAAGAAGAAAUCCUUUGAGAAUCUUUGCAAGACAAUCAAGGACAUUUUGGGAGAUAGGAUUGAGAAGGUAGUAGUAUCUGACAGAAUUGUGGAUUCGCCUUGCUGCUUGGUGACGGGUGAAUAUGGCUGGACUGCGAAUAUGGAGAGGAUCAUGAAGGCUCAGGCUCUCAGGGACAACAGCAUGGGAUCCUACAUGUCUAGCAAGAAGACAAUGGAAAUCAAUCCAGAUAAUGGAAUCAUGGAGGAGUUGAGGAAGAGGGCCGAAGCUGAUAAGAAUGACAAGUCUGUCAAGGACCUUGUGCUGCUGCUGUUCGAGACUGCCCUCUUGACUUCCGGAUUCAGCUUGGAUGAUCCCAACACUUUUGCGGCAAGAAUCAACAGGAUGUUGAAGCUGGGCCUCAGCAUUGAUGAGGAUGAGGCAGCUGGUGAAGAUGCAGAUAUGCCUGGUUUGGAGGACGAUGCUGCUGAAGAGAGCAAGAUGGAGGAGGUCGACUAAGGUUCUGGAUUAGUGAAGUAAUCUGCUUCAGAGUUUGUGGUUAUGUCUUGGCAAGUUGUUUAAACUAGUAAUUGUGAGUAGUAGUUCUGUCAUAUGUUAGUCUUUUUCUAUUUUUCUGUAUUGGGGCAUUACUCUAAAGUCUGAACUCUGUUCCAAAUUCAAAAUAUGUUUGUGCCUCUUUUUAAUUGGAGCUGUUUCCUACAUUUAUUUUUUCCGAGUCAUUUGAGUUUUUAUCAAUC